AUGACAACAUCUACGCUGGAGCAAGUGCGGGAACUUGGUCAAUGCAACCCGGACGCCAGAGCCGCAGGAACACUCCGACAAGAUGGAACAACCACCAUCGGAGGACAACAUGCUCGAACCAUCUUCACCACGCCAGGCGCAGCAGUGAGCAAUGCCACCGGUGGAGGCAUACAACCCGCCAUACUGGGGCUCAACCAGACGGUCACGCCAACCCAAGUUAACCAACAGGCUGACGGACACGGUCCGAGGGAGUUCACCCAGGACCAAUUGUUUACCAAUGAAUUCGCCCAACCAACCACAACUGGCCCAUACGCAAUCAGAGAGGAAGACUUGGCGAGAAAGUUGGCGGAAAUGGAGGCCUUGAUCCAGCAAAUCCCCGGUGUCCCGGCACCCAUCCAUAAAAGUUCGGAGAACUCCUAUGCCGACUCGCCAUUUGUGGAUGAAAUUGCUUUGGUGGAAAUGCCCAUCAAGUUUAGCUUUCCGAGCAUGCAAAUGUUUGACGGCACGACAGAUCCGACCGACCACAUCGCUCAGUACAAACAAAGGAUGUUCACUGCCGCAAUUCCUCGUGAAUUGAGGCAGGCCUGCAUGUGUAAGGGCAAUAUGCUAGUAGCAGGAAACUUGAAAAGAUAUCGGAGGAUCUGUACGCCGUGGUGCAACAGCGUGGUGAAUCUCUCCGAGACUAUAAAGGAGAAGGUGUCCAUCACCAACUGCAACACCCAGACAGCGGUCACCGCCUUUCGAAAGGGUCUCCUUCCCGACUCAGACCUCUACAAAGACCUCACCAAAUACCCUUGUAGAACAAUGGAAGACGUGCUUGCCAAGGCAUGGGCACAAAUCAAGUGGGAGGAAGAUCAAUACAGCCACCACCGAUCUUCACCAAGCAGAAACUCUAGAAGAGACUCCAGGGUGGAAAGGAAGACGAGUGAUAGGCGGUCUGAGCCUUACCCGUCUCCACGACAAGAAUAUCGAAGGAGACAAUAUGACCAACCCUACGAGACGCGACCACGUGAAAGGGCCAAGUUACCAGAGUACAACUUGUCCAUCUCACCGGCUGAGGCAGUCCUAGCUCUCAAGAAUCUAGGCAACAAAGUCAAAUGGCCAGAAAAGAUGAGGGCACCAGCCGACCAGAGAGAUAGAUCUAAGUGGUGCGAGUUUCAUGCCGACCAUGGACACCGAACAGAGGAUUGCAUUGCACUACGAUUGGAAGUGGCACACUUACUCAAAGAGGGUCACCUAACUGAGUUCCUAACAGACAAGGGCCAACACACUCUAAAGCAUGGAAGUGAUAGACGAGACGAGCGCAGAGAAGUCACCCCACCCAACCCGCCAAACCAUGAGAGAACAGUCAAUGUCAUUUCUGGCGGAUCAGAAGUUAGUGGGAUUACACAUUCCGCUGCAAAGAAGCAUACCAGGCAAGCCAGGUCUAGCAGAACGGGGGAAAAUGUGACUGGUCAAGCUAUGGCAAACCAGCCAACACAGACAAUCAGCUUUCAAACUACGGAAUCAGACAAGCUUCUUAACCCUCAUCAUGAUGCUUUAGUUAUUUCUAUCUAUAUUGCCAAUUGUUUAACGAAACGGGUGUUGAUCGAUAAUGGCAGCUCUGCCAAUAUCAUGUUUAUUAAUGCUUUCAGGGAGAUGGGUUUGAACGAGUCAAACAUAACUAGGAAGACUGCUGUCCUCAUAGGCUUCAGCGGUGAGAGCAAAACAACCGUAGGGGAGAUCGACCUACCCGUCUAUGCCGAAGGGGUCAAUUUGUCAACAAGGUUCUUGGUGAUUGAUGCCCCCUCCGCGUUCAACGUCAUCCUCGGUCGCCCAUGGAUCCACGACAUGGAGGCAGUCCCUUCCACCUUUCAUCAAGUGCAACUACAGGAAGAUGGUUCAUCCAACCCCAGGACGGACCAAUCACCACAACUAGAGCAACAUGUGCAGCAUGAACGACCAGACCAAUCCGACAAACCAAAAAAUCGAAAGCGGUCUGCCAGCUUUGUUGAAGAAGAAGCCGUGGAGAUAGAUGAAGUCCAAAUCAGUACAGACUAUCCGGAUCACAAAGUCCGGAUAGGGGCACAACUCAAUCCUGAAUUGAGAGAGAAGCUUAUUUCAUUUCUUGCUGAGCAUUAUGAUUGUUUUGCUUGGUCCCAUGAGGACAUGACGGGAAUUGAUCCGAAUAUUAUUGUUCACAGGUUACAGGUAGACCCAAACUAUCCACCAAGGAAACAAAAACGAAGAAAAUUUGCUCCUGAAAGAAACCAGAUCAUCAAUGAAGAAGUCACAAAGCUCUUACGGAACGGACUCGUCCGAGAGGCCCAUUACCCCGAGUGGCUAGCUAACGUGGUGGUAGUCAAGAAAAAGAAUGGAAAGUGGCGAGUGUGUAUCGACUUCACAGACCUCAACAAGGCAUGCCCAAAGGACUCGUUCCCGCUACCACACAUUGAUAUGCUAGUAGAUGCGACAGCCGGCCAUGAGUUGCUGAGUUUCAUGGAUGCAUACUCUGGAUACCAUCAAAUUCGAAUGCACCCUGACGAUGAGGAGAAAACGGCAUUCAUGACCAACAUAGGGUUGUGGUGUUACAAGUAUAUGCCAUUCGGACUGAAGAAUGCUGGAGUUACCUACCAACGCCUAGUCAACCGGAUGUUUGCGAAUCUGUUGGGACAAACAGUGGAAGUCUACAUCGACGAUAUGUUGGUCAAGUCCAUCCAUGCGAGGGACCACAUAGACCACCUGAGGGAGACAUUUGAAAUUCUUAGAAAAUACAAUAUGAAGCUUAACCCUACUAAAUGCUCUUUUGGUGUCAAUGCAGGAAAAUUUUUAGGUUACAUGGUCACCCAACGGGGUAUAGAGGCAAACCCAGCCCAAAUCGAUGCCAUCUUAAGUAUCCAGUCCCCCACAUGCGUUAAAGAUGUUCAGAAGCUAACGGGAAGGAUAGCCGCUCUAAGUCGUUUCAUUUCAAGGUCAUCCGAAAGAUGUCACUCAUUUUUCAACACCUUAAGGAGAUCAAAAACAUUUGAGUGGACAGAAGAAUGCGAGGAAUCACUAAAACAACUCAAGCAGUACCUGACCAACCCGCCCUUACUCGCAAAACCAAAAGACCACGAAGCAUUGUUGGUUUAUCUUGCCGUAUCCGAUACGGCCGUCAGCGCCGUGUUGGUCAGGGAAGAAGACGGAAAGCAGUCACCCAUCUACUAUGUGAGCAAAUCUCUGCUCGAUGCGGAGACCCGAUACGGUCAAUUAGAAAAGCUAGCCCUUGCGUUGGUUCACACAGCAAGGAAGUUGCGCCCAUAUUUCCAAUGCCACCCAAUCAUAGUCGCCACCACAUACCCUCUGAAGGCCAUACUCCACAAACCUGAGUUGUCGGGUCGGUUGGCGAAGUGGGCGGUGGAGUUGAGCGAAUACGACAUUACAUUCAAGCCAUGUACCGCUCUUAAGUCCCAGGUAUUAGCAGAUUUUUUAGUUGAUUUUACACCUAACCUUACCUUGCAGGCCGACAAGGAAAUCUGUUGCAUGACCGAACAACCCGACCAAGCUGGAACUUGGAAGCUAUAUGUGGACGGGUCAAGUAAUAUGCGAGGAAGUGGACUAGGUCUGGUACUCAUCUCACCACUAGGAGACGUGAUAGAACAGUCCAUCCGCUGUGAAUUCAAGGCGACCAACAACGAAGCGGAGUACGAAGCCAUGCUAGCCGGACUCGGAUUAGCUAAGGAAAUGGGGGUAAAACGCAUUAAAAUAUUCAGUGACUCCCAACUUGUAGUUAACCAAAUGCAGGGUACUUUUCAAGCUAAGGACGCUAAGAUGUUGGCCUACUUGGGCAAAACGAAGGAGCUUCAAUCAAGCUUUGAAGAAUUCAUCAGAAACCAAGUGCCAAGGGGGGACAAUGGUCAUGCUGAUGCUUUAGCCAACCUCGGAUCAGCGAUCCAGACCGCAAAACCUAAAACCAUAACGAUCACUUGUCUUCAAUGGCCAACAAUUCAAAAGGGGGAGACAAAUGAACAGGUCAAUCAAGUAUCAACAGAACGAACUUGGAUGACCCCAAUAAUAGAAUACUUGGAGAAUGAUGCACUACCGGAUGAUAGGAAUGAAGCGCGUCGCCUUAAAGCUCAAGCAGCUCGAUUCUCCAUCAUUCGAGGUAAACUAUACAAACGAUCAUUUUCCGGUCCAUAUUUGAAAUGCAUUAACCCUGCAGAAGCAAGAUACAUAUUGUCCGAGUUACAUGAAGGUGAGUGUGGAAACCACUCGGGUGGGAGAAGUCUUGCACAUCGUGCAUUAACAAGCGGAUAUUACUGGCCCACUAUGAAAACAGAUGCAGCUGACCAUGCUAGAAAGUGUGAUAGAUGCCAACGAUUCGCCCAAGUGUCACACCUGCCCCCGGAGCCCAUGACUGCUAUCACAUCACCAUGGCCAUUCAUGAAAUGGGGGAUGGACAUCGUAGGCAAGUUACCUGUUGCACCCGGACAGAAGGUGUAUAUGUUAGCUGUGACCGAUUACUUCAGCAAAUGGAUUGAAGCGGACUCUUUCCACCAAGUUCGUGAUAAAGAAGUCAAGGGAUUCGUAUGGAAGAAUGUGAUCUGCCGAUACGGGGUGCCCAAAGAAAUUGUCACGGAUAACGGAUCCCAAUUUAUCAGUGCAGACUUCCAAGAUUUUUGCAAGUUCUGGAAUAUAAAGCUCAAUUUUUCAACACCAAGGUAUCCCCAAGCAAACGGACAAGCAGAGUCUUCCAACAAGACCAUCAUGAACAUCCUGAAGAAACGACUAGAAAAAGCCAAGGGAAGAUGGGCAGACGAGCUACCUGGCGUGCUCUGGUCUUACCGAACAACUACAAGAUCAUCAACAGGAGAAACACCAUUCUCUCUUGCUUAUGGAAUGGAGGCAAUAAUUCCAACUGAAAGCGAAGUGCCCACCGCCAGAUACGAACUGACAACGGAGGAUGAAAACCCAGAGGCUAUGUGCCACGAAUUAGACUUCCUCGAUGAGAAACGGAACAGAGCAAACAUGCGACUAGCCUCGUAUCAACAAAGUAUUGUCCGACAUUACAACAAACACAUCCGUACCCGCACGUUCAAACCCGGCGACUGGGUGCUACGAAAGGUGUUCCAGAACACCAAGGAGACAGGAGCAGGCAAACUAGGCCCAAAUUGGGAGGGACCAUAUCUGAUCACUAAAGUGGUUGGGCAUGGAGCGUACAAACUACAAACGACAGACGGACGUGACAUCAACAAUAGCUGGAACGCUAUCCAUCUCAAACAGUAUCACACUUGA